AUGGAAUUCGUGCAAGCAGUCGCCACCCUAACCCUCCGAAAUCUCCCCUUCUUCGAGUAUGCCUGGAAGUUUUGUGAGCUCGCCGCGGCAACUACUUUGCAGGACCUGACCAUCACUGAAAUGUUUCGGCUCAGGGCUACUUUCCACCAUCCCGUGGACCUCCCAGACACCACGGCAUUGAGUUGGAGAGAGGCCAUUUAUCGGUGUCUGGGAAGCGUCCGGGCCCGAGCCGGAACCAACUCGUCAGCCGCAGCUCUCCCUUGCCCGCCAUCAUCUCCUACCCCUCCUCACCAGCCACCAUCCGCGGCCUCGGCCAACCGGCCGACAGAGAGUGCGGCCAACCCGCCGACAAAGAAUGCGGCCAACCCGCCGACAGAGAGUACGGCAAGCCCGCCGAGAGGUAUGGCAAGCCCGCCCAGCUCACCUUCGCCUCCGCCGGUCCCGUCCGGCUCACCUUUGCCUACGCCGGUGCCGUCCGGCUCACCUUCGCCUCCGCCGGUUCCGUCCAGCUCACCUUCGCCUCCACUGGCUCCGCCUAGCUCCGCGCUGCCCGAGUGCAUUCAAGAAUCCGCGCUUCCAGAGCGCCCCCCUGUGCCUGCGCCAAGAAGGCGCCUCCCUAGCUCCGCGCUGCAAGAGCGCCCCCUAGAAUCCGUGCUGCAAGAGCGCACCCCAGUGCCUGCGCCACGAAGACGCCUCCCUGUCUCCGCGCUGCAAGAGCGCCCCCUAGAAUCCGCGCUGCAAGAGCGCCGCCCAGAAUCCGCACUGCAAGAGCGCACCCCAGUGCCUGCGCCACGAAGGCGCCUCCCUGUCUCCGCGCUACAAGAGCGCUGCCCAGAGCUCCCCUAUGUGUCCUGCUCCGUCUUGGGCGCCCGAGCUCCUGGAUCCUCCAUGGGCGCCCAAGCUCCCUGCUCCUCCUAGGCCGCCCAAGCUCCCUGCUCCUCCUAGGCCUCCCAAGCUCCCUGCUCCUCCUAGGCCGCCCAAGCUCCCUGCUCCUCCUAGGCCUCCCAAGCUCCCUGCUCCUCCUAGGCCUGCCAAGCCUCCUGACCUGCCUUGGCCUGCCAAGCCUCCUGA